UUGAUUUUGGUGGUGGUGGUGGUAUAUUUGUCUGCACUGUUUACAUAAUGUGGAUAUACAGAAAUUCUUAUUAUGUAUUGUUUUAUAAACAGAUAAAUAUGCAUAUCUACUUUAACUUAAUAAUAAGUUAUGUUUGUUUUAUAGCUUUUAAAAAAAUUAAAUGUGAUAAGAAACAUUCACAAUUUUCAAGAAACUUGAGUUAGCAAUGCUUUGGUUGUACAGGUAGCUCAGCAUUUCUGCAGUGACUGGUGCCCAGAGUUUUUAUAUUUUGUUGUCAAUGUUGUCAAGCCCUUGGGUUUUGUUUUCUUUAGCUGUGAAAGUGUUUUUAUGCAUACAGUCCAUUUAUUAGGGGAAAGUUGAGAGUGGUGGUAAUAUUUUAAAGUUGCGAAAGCUUUUGUACUUUUCCAAGUUUUCUUGUUUUCUUCGGAUUUGUCCUUUGAAAUGGAUGUGAUGUCAGAGUUAAGUGCAUUGGAAAAAAUUGUGACCAUGGGACUAGUUUUUUAUUUGCUUUCCAGAUGUUUUUAGCAUUUCUUUUGCAUUCUAUGAGUUUUACAGAGGUAUAUUUUCAUCUUAUUACUUUCCAUUGCUGUGACUAAGUUUCUUUGCUCUUUGUAUUCUACUUCUUGGCCAUUUUCCCUUAGUGAAUCUCUAAAGUGGAUGGCUGUUUGAAGUUCUUGAGCCAUGCAGACUUACAAAAAUAUUUAACAUGUUUAGUACACAAUGGUGCAUAUUUGUUUUAUAUAGUCAGAAACUGGUUGUGCCAAUAAAUGAAGGCUUCAUCUGUAAUGUACAAAGGUGCACGCCAUUCACUGUCAGCAUGUAGCUUGUCCUCUCCUCCUCCUCUCUAAACCCAAACAUAUUCCUACACAACUGAUCACCAGCAUUCAUAUUUCAUGUAAUCUUCCUUCGAAAAUCAUACAAGGAAGUGUAAUUAAAUAAGUUCACGCGUUGAAGGUGGAAAGCUAGUCAGGGAGCUCCAGUUUCUCAGAAACAGAAUUACUAUAGUGGAAUCAAAAAAGAGUGGUAACAUCUGAGACUCAAAUCAAUUAUUCUAAAGUACAAAUGAUGAAUAUUUUUGAGCACAUUAAGAAUGAAGCAGAUAAAACUCGUCAAACCCUGGAGUAUACAAUAAAACUUCUGGAUCGUUGGCAGACAGAAAUCGAAAGUCAUGAUUUGGAAAGGAGAGAUCUGUUUGGAUCAGGGGAUUGGUAUGGCAUCCCACAUGAAACUUUUCAGGCAUUGAAAACUGCACUGAUGAGAGAUCUAAACAAAAUCAUCAGUGACUUUUUAAGAGAGCUGCCAAAGCUUCAACCCCACAUUACACAUUGGAAGAGAGGCCAGCUGUAUGAGCAGCAGUGCAGGCAUCCUAAACACAUGAGGAUGCCAGCCAUGUUGAAUUUCAGUGUCAGAUAGCAUUUACUAUCCUGGACAUCUUAUUCCAAUGUGUGAUGGAUGGAAGAAUUCAAAAAGUGUGUUCUGUAAUAGUCGAUGUGCCUGGAUCCAUUGAUAUUCCUGAGCCAACUGAGCUUGUGAGCUUGGAGGAGAUGCUGAAACACUGCAUGGAGAAGCUGAUCAACAUGUGUCUGGUGGUUUUUCUUCAUCCACCAAGCACGAUGAUAACAGAGAAGGGGAAAGUGGCUAGCAGAGACAGAGACACCAGUGACGUCAACAACAGCAAAAAGUUUAGCACUUCUGUUGGUCUCCUCGGAGGCAGUGUCCUUGAAGGGACUUUGGAAAUCACAGAAGUGAACAUGAAACUGAUGUUCAGAGAAGACAUUGCAGCAUCAUUAAGAGAUGUAACCACCAACACCUCAAGUUUUCAAAUCCAUGGCGAUCUGAUGACUAACAAGAAAAGCACAGAUCGUAGAAAUUCUGAAUGUGAGCAGAAGUGCUGCAUGAAGAUGUAUGAAAAUGUACGUGUUGAGAACUUCACCCGAAGGGACCAGAAGAAUGUGUACAAGCAGAUUUGCCAUGCCAUAUAUGAUGUUGUGUUUGAAAGUCCUCCAACAGGUUGGAAAUUCAAAGGAAAGGUUCUAUCCCUUCCAAUAGUUGUUCGCACUGGUGCCAAUCAAGCUUCAGAACACAAGGGGGCACAACUGUGGUAUGGGUUCAGUGCACAGAAUGUGUAUGAUGUCACAAGUGCAGUAGUCUCAUCGUUGUCCCUGGAUCAGGUCGUGCAGAUGAUGGAUGAACGCAUUUGUUUUAUUGGAGGCCGCAGUCUAUUGGAUUAUGAAAAGAAGUUCCUUCGUGAAAAAUUAGAGUGUGCUGUUAAAUCGGGAAAAACAAGCAGAGAAUCAGGAGACAAGAUCACGCUUGAUGCAUUUAUCAAGGAAAGGGUGCAGCUGGCAUCACACUAUCCAGGAGGGCCAGGGGAUACAGUAACCUUUUCACUCUGGCGCUGGUUUCACUGUAUUGUUAACCUCUUGAGGGAGAACUGAAGAAUCCAUGGAAGGAUGGUGUCAUUUUUGGGUUUGCAAGCCGAAAGCAGUGCAAUGAAGCUCUUGUGAACAGCGAGCCAGGAACUUGCCUUAUUCGAUUUUCAGAGAGCUGUGUUGAAGGCAACCACGAGAAUUCCAAAGGCCGAAUAGGUGUUGUGCUG